AUGGCUUCCCUUUUGAACCUCAUCUAUCCCUUCCUGCUCACGUUGCUGAUGUAUCCCGUUGGUAAGUGGCUCAAAAUGUCAGGAAGGCAAGUGGAAUGUUUGUGGUCAGUGUGGAAUGAAAUGUUCUCGUUUGGAGAGGAGUUGAAACUUCACAUUUAUGGGCUUUCAAGCUUUUGAGAGCUGCAAGUGUCUUUCUUGGGUUAUAACAGUUUCUAGCCUUUUGCCAUUUAAGUAUUUACUUAAUUUUCUUUAAACGAAUCUCACUUAACCACAAUUGCGGCACACACCAAGAAAUAUAUCUACCCUGAGCAUGGAACUUUGACAAGACUACAGCAUCAUACUAAUAUGUUUAUUUAAAAAGAAGAAAGAUUAAAAAAACCUCACCACAAUUCUACUAGCUAAAAUACUAGUGAAUGUAAAGCACUUACACCCUUAAAAAAAACUUCUAGUAAUUGAAGGCAAGAGAACAAAUGUUGGGAGAACAAUGUGCUACUCAUUCUAAGCUUUAGUGCCAAGUGGGAAAAUGAGUUUGGUUAAAUGGGUAGCAUGUUCUUUUGGUUCACUGUUCAGAAAACAGGAGAGCUAAAUUAGGAAGGCAAGGGUUUAGUUACAGGACUAGGCACAAUAACAAGAUUUAGCAUUCAUAUAGGGUGUUUUCGUGUGUGUUAAAUAUUCAGAAUACUUUACAUGUUAUGUUGAUGUAAUUCUUAGAACGCCGAAAGGUAGGUGAUUGAUCAAGAAACCAGUGGCUUUAUUGAUUGAUUGAUUGAUUGAUGGAUGGAUGGAUGGAUGGAUUUCAUCAGCAGAGCCUUUGAGCUAGCGGAGUACUAACUGUUCCAUUCCAUAGAUGCAGCAAUGACGGAAUUCAAAGUACGUCCCUUCGACAAUAUUUCUCUGCCCUGCCAGUUCUCCUUUGUGGACGGCAUCGAUGGCUUGACAUUUACGUGGGAGAGGGAAGAUAUUAAGGAAGAACAUGAAGUGGAAGAUAAAGAAUUUUACAAAUUUUUUGUUGGGCUCCACGACUUUUACCAGUUUUACCCAAAGCUGAUAUACAGCUUUAGCAACAACCAGGAACAGAUGGAGGAGCGGAAUUCGCUAUAUGAGGGGAGAGUCUGGGUAGAUGAGGAGGAGAUUGCCGAUGGCAGCCUGGCACUCAUGUUGGAGCAAGCACAGUUUUCUGAUGAGGCAAUAUACAUAUGUAAGGCAUACAAUUCACGGGGCAGGGGGCAAAGGAAAGUGAAGCUCCUCGUGCAAGGUAAGAACAUUUAAAUGCACUUUAAUAUUGCACAGGUGAAAAUAGGAAGAUGUGUACGUCUGAUAUCUCUAUUAUCACAGAGAGUGCUGCAUAAAGUCCCUCUUAAAGACUGACUCCAGGUUUGAGGAAAUCCAGUACACAGUGGCUUUUGGUUAGCAGAUUUCUCCAUCACUUGGAAGCAGUCAAUAGCAGCCACACUAGGGCUGGGUAUAGCCACCAUUUAAAUAUUUUACAAUGGUGGUAUGUUGGGUGGCUGUGUGAGGAAAGAGGACAAAAGAAUGAGAUGAAUGUGGAUUGGAUAGAGUAAGGGAUAAAAGGAGAUGAAUUGGGGAUAGGUCACCAAAAAAAACCCCACAACCCUGGCCAUCCACAAAAGAACAGAGGGAUAAAUAGUCUAAGUUUCAGAGAAGCAGAAGUGAAAAUGGACAGAGUAAAAGAUAAGAUCAUGAAUAUAGAUGCUGAGUAGAAAUGGACCGUAAGAGUGAAUGGGGCAAUUUCAGGAUGGGUUUUACAAAAUGGCAUAUGCCUGAAUAAAAACUGUUAAAAUUUAUCCCCUCCCACAGUCUAGACUCGUGUAAGUUCUCUUAUUUUUCUCCUUCAGAAACUUGGUAUUUAAGAUUAGGGUAGGGUCACGGAGCUGGUUUUCUGUACGUUAAUCUUAAGGAAAUAGUCGUUCUAACAAGAUUUUUUUCUUUCCAAAAUUGCCUCUUUCUUCAGAGACCCCAGAACAAUUAUUAACCAAGCUGCAAUUAGCUAAGUCACUAAUUGUUUUGUUUUUCCUUCCAUAACAAUUAGAUGCUGAAGAGCCACAGGUGCAGUUCAGCACCGUCAACGACACACUUGUGGCCAAGUGCAUCUCCGCUGGCUGGUAUCACAUGCCAAAGGUAACUUGGCGGAACCGAAAGGAAGAGGACAUUUCCAGCUACGCCAAAUCAGACAUCCUGGAAGAGAAGCAGGAUGGGUCCCACAGGGUGGUAUCCGUCUUGCACUACCCUGUAUUGCUCCAUGAGAUCUACACUUGCCAUAUUGAAGAAGACGACGUGCUCAACAGGCCUGUUCGAUCCAUCCACAAAGUCCCAAGUUAGUGAUCUGUUGCUGUCUGCUGCUCUCCCCUUGGACAGGUCUGAUGCAACAUGACAUCAGACCUGUGGUCAAGAAAGGACAUGCUCCUUUCACACCUGUCCUCUCCAGGACAAAUGAAGGCCGCUUGAUCUAAUGGGAAAGGUGCAGGAUAACUGGAGACCUGGGCUUCAUACUCUGAGCGGGCUUGACAGGGCUGCCUUCAGAUGUCUUCUGGAAGUCAGAUGGUUGUUUAUUUCCUUGACAUCGGAUGGGAGGGCGUUCCACAAGGCAGGUGCCACUACCGAGAAGGCCUUCUGUUGGUUCCCUCACUGUGAGAAGUGAAGCUACAGGGAACCAGGCAGAGGGCCUUCUCAGCAGUGGCAGCCACCCUGUGAAACGCCCUCUCAUCAGAUGUCAAGGAAAUAGACAACAAUCUUUUAGAAGACAUCUGAAGGCAGCCCUGUUUAGGGAAGUUUUUAAUGUUUGAUGUUUUACCACUUUAUUACUAUUACGACAGUGAUGAUAGGAGCCACUCAGAAUGGCUGGGGAAACCCAGCCAGAUGGGCAGGGUAUAAAUUUAUUAUUAGUAUUAUUAUUGACAAACUUGUCAGAAUAUGAAUUUAUUUUGGGUUUCCUUUAUAUUGCGCUUCUUAAUGUAUGCCAGCCUUCCUUCUGGAUCGUGUUAGCGAACACCUUCUACCUGAAUACUUAGAUCCGUAAAACUCAGUUUGCUUGCAGUACAGCAUUAUACCCUUUCUUGCAUUACACCCUUCCUUUCAGGAACAUGCAGGGACUAGAGCCCUUCAGUAAAUUGUUUUCAUUUUGAGGGAUAGAGCAGAACAAGAGGGAAGCACUUCUCUAAUGCAGACCAGCUCUGUGUGAGUAUCUCUGGUCACACAUCUUCCCAUGGAAGAGGAGAGUGCUUGCCUAUCAAAUUAUUGGGCACUUCACAGGUAAAUUAUAAUCUAGUUCUCCAGUAGUGCAGAAGAACAUCCGUAUAUAAUCAUUAUUAAGAGGCUGCUCAUGGGUAUAGCCAGAAUUUUUUUGGGGGGGGCAGGCCUUUUGUUGGGGGGGGGGAGAACCUGUUUGCUAUGUAUUUCUAUUGAUUUGGGAGGGCAGCUACCCCUCCCUGCCCCCCUUGGCUACGCCCAUGAGGCCUACUACAUUUCCCUUACUUGCCUAAAAGAUGUAAGGAUGCCAAAAAUAUCAAGGCACAAAAUUGCCCUCUUUUUCUUUAAUGCAGAUUAGCACUAAAUUAUAAACCUAUAUUUAGAAGGUGAUUUUAUUGAAUUCAUUGGGAUUCAGUUUCCAGUAAGAAUGCCUGAAAUGCAUCUUUAAGGUAACGAUGUUUUAAAAUACAUAAAUAAGAUUAUGCAUGAUUAUACAGUGUUUGUCCUGCCUGACACAAGCUACUAUUUCAGCCUUUUCAAAAACAGAUUCAUUUUUGACCCCAACCCACUUAAAUUUACAACGGGUCCAAUCUUUCUUCCCAUCUCUUUCACAAAAAGAAAGAUGUCAGCAGUAAAGCAAGUUGUUUAAUUAUGAUAGUUGCUACUGAUGCAGCCUAUUCUGGGCUGGAGCGCAACCCACUGUCAUGCUCCUCUAUAAGAAAUGUGCUUUUGGGACACCAAGUGAAUCAGAAAUUGCCUACAUUACAGCCCUUUAGUUUAUUUGCAUCUGCUUGCCUGCAGUAUGAAUUAAUUAUAUGAGAGUGGGUGGAGUAGUCAAAAUCUAAUGCUGGCUAGCUGGCUACAGUUUUAUAUUCACUUACUUGGGAGUAAGCCCCAUUGAACUCAAUGGGACUUGCUUCUGCAUAGAUAUAUAUAGGAUUGCACUGUUUGAGGGAUAGCUUGCACAACACUUCCUUUUUUUCUCUUAUUUUUUUCCAGAGAGGAAAUACCAUAAUAUGUACAAUCAUUAUUAG